CUUCCACUUGAAAUUAGCAAAAAGUGCAAGAAGAUAUGGUUAAAAUUAACAUUUUGCAAAACGGACCGAUUUUCUCCUUCAAUGCCUCGUAAAUCGAGACUUGUCUCGAUUUAAUUUCGACGCAACCUCGACAUAACCUUGCGACCCUCGUUUGACACAUGUCAAACGCAUGUCAGGCUGAAUAAUCGGGAGAAAGGAGAUGAGGCGGAAGGCGGGCGUGGGGGCGAUACAGAAGCAGAAGCUGGAGCAGGAGAAGUACCGGGACAAGGGUACGGAGAUCCAGGAGAACCAGUUCGAACAGAUGACGAAGCACAUGGAGACGUUCCGCGUGAAUCUGGAGGAGUUUGCGAGCAAGCACAAGAAUGAGAUCAAGAAGAACGCUCGUUUCCGCCGUCAGUUCACGGAGAUGUGCGCCUCGAUCGGCGUGGAUCCCCUCGCGUCCGGCAAAGGUUUCUGGUCGGUGCUGGGCAUCGGUGAUUUCUACUACGAGCUGGCCGUGCAGAUCGUGGAGGUUUGCAUGGCGACCAAUUACAAGAAUGGCGGCCUGAUAUCACUGGACGAGCUGAGAACUCGCUUGAUCCAGGCGAGAGGACGCAGGAAGGAGCAUCAGGAGAUCACCAACGAGGAUCUGCUGGCUGCAGCUAAGAAAUUGCGAAUAUUCGGCAAUGGUUUCUCCGUAGUUCCCAUCGGCGGAGGGAAGUACUUGGUGCAAUCGGUGCCCGGUGAACUCAGCAUGGAUCAUACGGCGGUGCUGCAUCAGGCCAGUUUGUCGGCGAACGCGUGUGUCUCCAAGUCUGUCCUGUGCAAGGAAUUGAGAUGGGAGGAGGACAGAGCACAGAAGGCUUUGGAUCACAUGAUGAAGGAGGGACUGGCUUGGCUGGAUGAGCAGGCCGACGACGAGACUUUGUAUUGGUUUCCUAGUUUAUUCACGGCUUGUAUCAUUUCCAAAGAAUAAACUCUGCGUCAGUGUCAGUGCUGCUGAUGAUAUGCCGAUAGAAUAGAUUUCGGAGAGGGAAUUCACGCCGCUUCUUAGGAUUUGUAUCUUUCUCGUAAAUAAAAUCGAACGGUCUAUUAUUA